CUCUUGUAUAGUAGCAGUGGCAGUGCAGCAUCUGCAGAGCUGAGGCAGUGCAGUGAUCGAGUGCUUAUCAGGAUUCUGCUCAAUUGAAAUCUAUGACAGUUCUCUUUUUCUGAAAUUUCGCAGAGCUAGUACAAGUACCGGUACCGGUAGUCUACAAUAAUUACAAAGCAAAAGUCUUUGUCUCAGCACAGGAGUCAGUUAAGUCUUUGCUCACAAGUCACAACCACAUCACUAAAAAAAGACACUAGGCCUAUACUCUGACUCUGAGUCUGAGUCAGCUGUGAGUCUGCUUGAUUCUUCUGCAUAAAACUACAUUUGGCAAUAGACCAGUUGUACUUUUUGUUUUGAAUGGACCAAAACUGAAAACAAAAGUUGCUUGCUCAAAUCAAAACUUAAAGCGUAUCCCAGCAACCAGCAGAAUCUUCUUACUUAGUCUCAUGCCAAGUUUUAUUGGAAUUUAGUGACCAUCGAACGUGCAUCCACUGAUCCAGAUUCUGCCAUCAUACUACUACUACUAGCAGACGUCAAUUGCCAACAUGCCAAGAAUCGACAGUGACAUCAAGCUAGACUUCAAAGAUGUUCUUGUUCGACCAAAGAGGAGCACAUUGAAGAGCCGAUCGGAGGUGGAGCUUCAGAAUAAAGUAAAUUUGGAGAGGAGUUACGUCUUCAGGAACUCAAAGAAAUCCUACAAUGGCGUCCCAAUCAUGGCAGCUAACAUGGACACUGUGGGCAAUUUUGAAAUGGCCAAGGCUCUAGCAAGUCAUGGUCUGUUUUCGUGCAUCCACAAACAUUAUUCUGUCCAAGACUGGGUUGAUUUCGCUACCAACAAUCCAGAGACACUGAAGCAUGUAGCGGUUAGUUCUGGAACGUCGCAGAAGGAUGCAGAGAAAGUGGCCGAGAUCAUCGCUGCCAUACCGGCCAUCCAGUACAUCUGUCUUGACGUUGCCAAUGGCUACUCAGAGGUCUUUGUCCAGACCGUCAAAGAGUUCAGGCAGAACUUUCCAGAGCAUACCAUUUUUGCUGGUAACGUAGUAACAGGAGAGAUGGUUGAAGAACUGCUUUUAGCUGGAGCUGAUGUCAUCAAGGUUGGAAUUGGACCAGGUUCUGUGUGUACCACAAGGAAGAAAGCUGGUGUAGGCUACCCACAGCUCAGUGCUGUCAUUGAGUGUGCAGACGCUGCUCAUGGACUGAAUGGACAUAUCAUAUCGGACGGCGGAUGUACAUGCCCCGGUGAUGUUGUCAAAGCUUUUGGUGCUGGAGCAGAUUUUGUGAUGCUGGGAGGAAUGUUUUCAGGUCAUGACCAGACAGAAGGUGAAGUGAUAGAACGCAACGGGAAGAGAAUGAAACUCUUCUAUGGUAUGAGCUCCGCAACGGCCAUGAAUAAACACGUCGGUGGAGUCGCAAACUACAGAGCCAGUGAAGGGAAGACGGUCGAGGUUGCUUACAAGGGAGACGUGAAUGUGACAAUAUUAGACAUCUUGGGAGGUUUGCGCUCCGCCUGUACGUACGUUGGUGCCAGUAAGUUGAAGGAACUCGGUCGCCGCACAACGUUUAUCCGCGUCACGCAACAAACCAACGAUAUAUUUGGACAUCAAACCUAAUUCGUCCUGACUGAUUCAGUAUCUAGCUUCAUGGUCAUCAUUAUCAUCCCUACUUGCUGCUGGGGGUCAUAAAGCGGUUUGUAAAGUUACGCACAACUGAAACGAGUUCCUUGGUGCUAUGUCAGUUACAUAGGGAAAUGUUAUUUAGAAAGGGUCACCAGCCGUAACUUACGAACAGCUUUUAAUAUGAAACAUCCACCAGAUGUGCUUUUGGAAGUCUAUUUAUUUGUGGAGAAAAGUAUUGGAUACAUAUUCCCCACAUAUACAUAGACUACCAGUAAAUUGAUUGCAUACAUUUAAAAAAAUCUAUCUGAGACAUUUCUUGUGCCCUGGGGACCGUUUCAUCAACAUUUUUGUCUGACAAGUUGUCAGAUCUGACAUCUUUCCAUGAUUUUGAUUGGCAGAGAGGCACUGUCCCUAUGGUAACUGUCGGAUCAAAUGGGACUUGUCGGAUAAAACGUCCGACAAGUCCUUUCAUGAAACGCUCCCCUGGAGUACAAAAAAUAUGUUUUCUUUUCAUUUAUCUCAAACAUGAGGCCAUGGAAAACUGUAUACUUUCCAACAUUAUAUUUCAUUUGAUUGGUAUUCAUUUGAUUAUUAUUCAAAACCUGAUUCAUGGUUAACUGAAAUUUGGUAGAUAUAUGUCUGGGCCCCGUUGUACAAAGAUUUACGAUUGAUCCGAUCAAUCGUAACUCUAUGGAAAUCCAUCAGUGUCAUAAUUUUUUCUACAGGAAAUUUGCAAAAUGUCCUUUGUAAUCAAAGGAUAAUACUCCAAAUUGUCAAGAAAUCAAUGAAUUUAUGGAUAUGGACUCAUAUCUAGAAUUUUUUUUGAACAAACAUGCAUUUCAUAUGUUGACUUUGCUGGCUUUCCAUAGUUGCGAUUGAUUGGAUCAAUCGUAACUCUUUGUACAACGGGGCCCUGGUAUUACAUUAGUAUCCAAUUGUGUUUUAGGGCAUAGAUAAAUUAUGUGGAUAGUCACAUCUUUGUUUUUUAGUAUUUUCUUAAAAUCAUCAUUUAACUGUAAACUGUUUGAGUUUGAGCCCCCGCGUGAUGUUUGCAGUUGACCGACGACCACCUCGUUUUGUAAUCACAUAUUAGCUCAAGAAAGGUAAUAUACAUCACUGAACUUUGUGUACAAAAUAAUGGAGAAUACACAUUUUUCAAAAUUGCCACUAACAAAUAAUUUGACAUCCUAAGCCAUUUGAAUCAUACUUUUAAUUUUCGUUUGAUUAAUCCAUGAAGCAAAGUAUAAUGGGGAAAUGGGUGUCAGAAGUACAGAGAGUAAUGUUAAUUUUAUUCACUGGAAUUUCUAUUGUAUAUGUUUCCUUUGUCCUUUUUAUUCUGGUUGUUAAUAUUUGAAAUGUGUACAUAUGUGUCAAUUAUUGAGCUAGGGGUGGUUGAAAUAGUCACCUAUAUAAUAUUUGUCAAAUGUAAAUCAUUGUUGCUCCAUUUGGUGGGUGUUUCAUAAAGCUGUUCGUAAAGUUACGAAAGACUUUACGCACGACUGGAACAUGUUCCUAGGUCAUAACUCAAUUACAUCUAGAUGAUCUAGGGAUAUCACAUAGCACAAGAAAGGAUCACCAGUCGUGCGUAAAGUCAUUCGUAUCUUACAAACAGCUUUAUGAAACACCCACCAGGGUUGCAGUCCUAUUGUUGACUCGCAAAGCACAUCUUCUUUUUGUCUCGCCUGUAUGAAGUUUAACAGAGACAUAGUGAUCACUUUUCCUGUUCGUCUGUUGAUCUGUUAGUCUGUUCCAAAAUGUUCAAGUUUUUGUUAAACUUGCUUUCAUUUUUUCAUUUCUGCAUCAAUUAUGAUCAUACUUGUUAUAUAUGAUCCUUGGGUAAGAGUAGGACCACAUGUGUGUCCAAGAGAAUGAUAGGGUCAAAGGUCAUCUAGGGGUCAAAAGGUCAAAUGAUAUGAGGUCAUGAUCACCUUUUUUGAAGUUUUUGUAUUUCAGUCACAGCAACUGAUUGAAGAAAUCGCGUAAUAGUCUGGAACAGGUUUUUGCCGCUGAUGUGACUAUGGCAUCGCUAAGAACGAUAUCAACAGAGAAUUGUGUGCUUGAAGAAAAUGCCCAUGACAAGUACUUGUAUUGACUGUAUUCAUUCCUAUACCGUUAUGUAUGCUGUGUCUUUCACAAGAAUAAAUUGAUCAUUUGUUGUACCGCAGUGUGCAAACUGUGCACUGGGUAUGUUGCUUUGUAUAUUGAAUACACACCAUUUUAAACCAAAGGAAAAAAGAUAGUAAGUAGAGGUGAUAUUGUUUUAAUGGAAAGUGAAAUGAUUAUUAUGAUCAUAUAUAAAGUGAAGAUGGUUAUCACAUGUUCAAGUCAUCUGAGUUUAUGAGUUCUUUAAUAGAUCAUAUAGGCUGAAAUUAAAAAGAAGUUCAGAAGAUAGUUCUGUAACACUAAAUAUCAUGUAUUGUUCCCCCCCCCCCAUGUGCAUGUAACAAGGCAUUCUAAAUACGUGUAAAUAAAUGAUUGCAAGCAUUGGAAUGUGUAUUUUACCACCCGUAAUACAAUGCGAGUUUUAAUUCAUGCAUUCAGCUCUCAUAACUCUCCUCUGCAGGUUAAUGAUCACCGUAUCUUUGAAUAAAAAUGAAUCACGGAAUGAGAAAACAGAAGCAAUGCCUCCUUGUUUCUCAUGAAUUUGCUCUUGUUAUUGAAACGGACUUGCAUUUCAGAGAUAUAGCAUAUCAUCAUUAUAUUCCUUAAGUUGAGAAUAUUUUAGUUUUGAUGAAAGCAGAAUAAAAUGAGAGAAAAUAUUGGUAAAGGUUUUAUUGAAAUCUGUUAAAGAAUAA